AUAUCCCCCGCAAAUAUCGUCUUCCCUGAAAGGUGGUACUGGAGACAAGGAGGGAAACAAUCCCACCGCUCGCUGUUAGCAAAGGCACGGCUAUUGAGGACUAUUUUGUUUCUUAAACACACUGAAGGAAAACGGCAGUACACCAGAGAAGCCGGGUUUCUGUGACAUCCCCGAGCCCGACACACAAAGGAAGACCAAGGUGAAAAAGGGGAGCCAGGAUACAUUGGGAAGAGAGGAAUACAAGGACCCCCCGUAGGACCUGGACAGUGAGGACCAAAAGGAGGAAAGAAGGAUCAGGGACUCAGUGGUGAGGCAGGACUUCCUUCUUGGAGGGGACAAAUUGCUCCUAGGAGACCUCCGGGAACUGCAGGCUACAAGGGGCAACUGGGUCCAAGAGAAUGACAGCCAGGGAGAGGAUCCACAAGGACAAGGUUGCUGUGGCCGCAUCCAGGUUCAGGACCCCUCCUGGGACAAGGAGGAGCCUCAGGCUGCAGAGGGGAGAGACGGCAGAUGACCCUCCUUCUCUGCGACUUCGGCUGCUUCCCUGCUGCUGGCUGUGAGGUCUGGCUCCUCUCUGCCUGCCUGUGCUAAACUCUUCAUGCUGCCAACAUGUGGAGCUCACCGGGGCCCAUCUUGGCAUUUGUGAUGUUGGUUGUUAUCGCCGUGCACGCCGGAGUGAAGGUGACCCCAGCUGUGAAGUACACGAAGACGAAGCCCUUGCAGCUGGUGGGCAACGGUGCCUCUCGCACCCCCCUCACCCCUCUCACGGGGAAAAGCCCGUUUGCGGCAGCACCGGGCAGAGCCAAGUUACCCACCCCAAGCCCCGCGACCCAAGGGGCCACCACGCUCUUCCCCUUCGAGAACUACACACUUGACACAGCCGAUUUCUUCUUCAACUGCUGUGACUGCUGCCCGCCUGCCGCGGGGCCCUGGGGGCAGCCGGGAGAGCAGGGACCCCCAGGUCCCAAGGGGGAGAAGGGAGAUGCUGGUCUGCAGGGUCUGCCAGGAACCCCAGGUCCUCAAGGUCCAAAAGGUUCUAAAGGAGAAAGAGGAGGCAAAGGGGAGCAAGGCGAGAGAGGAGUAAGUGGAAACCCCGGUUAUCCAGGCAAACCUGGGCUGCAAGGUGAAGCUGGAGUAAAAGGCAAUAAGGGCAGCUACGGCUUCCCUGGACUGAAGGGACAAAAGGGGUCCAAAGGGGACACUUGUGAGAACGGGACCAAAGGAGAAAAGGGAGAUAGGGGGGAUGCUGGAGACCCGGGGGUGGAUGGAGAACAGGGUGACAAAGGGGAAAAGGGAGACAUAGGGGAGAAGGGGUACUGCGGGGAGCCGGGGGGAAGAGGUGCGAAGGGAGAAAGAGGGGAAGGGGGGACAAAGGGAGAAAAAGGGAGCAAAGGGGAGAUGGGGGUAGAGGGUAUUCAGGGGGUGGAUGGAAAACAGGGAGAAAAGGGCGAGCAAGGAAGUAAGGGUGAAAAAGGGGACCUGGGACCCGCCGGCAUGACAGGACCUUCUGGGCCCAAGGGGGCCGCCGGCAGCAAGGGGGGCCGAGGGGCUCCGGGAAAGAAAGGCUCCCGUGGGGCGAAGGGUGUCCGAGGGGACACCGCAAAGCUCCUGCGAUCGGCGUUCAGUGCCGGCUUGUCCAAGCCCUUCCCUCCACCCAACGUCCCCAUUAGAUUUGACAAGAUAUUGUACAACGACCAAGAAGAUUACAACCCUUCCACUGGGAAAUUCAACUGCAGCGUGCCCGGGGCGUACGUCUUCGCUUACCACCUGACGGUGAGAGGGCGUCCAGCCCGCGUCAGCCUCGUCGCCCGCAGCAGGAAGGUGGCCAAAGCCCGUGAGACGCUCUACGGCCAGGAGAUCGACCAGGCAUCCUUCCUGACGGUCCUGAAGCUGAGUGCGGGCGACCAGGUGUGGCUGGAGGUUGCGCGGGACUGGAACGGGGUCUAUGUCAGUGCUGAAGACGACAGCAUCUUUACGGGGUUUCUUCUGUAUCCAGAUGUUUUUGAGAUCCUGCUAUAGAUUUAAAGGGCAAAGAUGGUACUGGGAAACAUGCCUUUCCCUCUGCCUGUGAGAGGAGAAAUGAGCAUCAGUUUAGCAUAUUGGUUUAGUUGCUAGGUUUCGUGAGCUUUUAACAAAAAUAUUUAUGUUUGCAAUAUAUGGAUUAGUUUUAACUAGCAGCCCCGAGAAGCGGCACGUCCUUUGCGCAGGUGGGUGAUGACUAAGAGAAACCAUUGUCUAAACGCCAGCAGGAGCGGCAUGGGGAAGGGAUUUCAUAUCACAGACUUCAGGUUUGUGAUUAGCCUAUUCAAAUUAUGUAAUGAAACUCAUUGUCCAACUGCAAUUUUAAUCAUGCCUGCUCCUGCAAUCCUUGCAUGGUCAAAACUCUGGAAAUCAGUGCUCAUAACCAUUGGUCUUGGUAAAGAUUGCAGAGUUUGAUUUAUAGAGCUUAAUCAGAUGUGAACAUGAGCAGUAGGUUUCUUGAAAUCACAUUAAAAGAUUUAAAGUUGUUUUAUCAUUGAAUCAGUAUUAUCUAGUACUUUAGACUUGGUCAUGAAUUAUAUAAAGGUUUCUCUAAAAUAGUAUUAGAGCUAUUUGAUCAGUGUAAAAAAACCCUAACUAUUGUCCUUAGGCAAAAAUAUAUCUGACACUUUCAAAAGUAACUGAGAUAUGGAUAAUCCACCUUAUUAGGCUACUCAGAAACGACCUGUUUCUGAGCCGCUGAUGACUCAGCUGAUGCUGCGGGGUUGGCCCUCGGCUGCAGGGAGGAGGAGGCAGCAGCCGGGAGCAGGCUUUGGCACUCACUCGAGUCCUGAGGCGUUGUGGUGGCCCAGUGGACUUGUGGGCACGUUUUUAAAAAGCUGGUUUACCAAAAUGGAACUAAAUCCUGUGAAAUAAAAGUGUGACAUUAAAUAA